AUGCUGUUGGCUGAAAAAAAAAUCGCUGGAGACUUACGUUUCCCUCACUAACUUUAAACAUCAGCUAUCUGAGCAGCUAACUGAUCGCUGCAGCUGUAAAUAGCCCAUCCAAUCUACCUAGCACAUUCCAUAUUGUUUUUAUGUACUUUUCUGCUCUUUUGCACACCAGUAUUUCUACUUGCACAUCACCAUCUGCUCAUCUAUCACUCCAGGGUUAAUUUGCUAAAUUGUAAUUACUUCGCUACUAUGGCCUAUUUAUUGCCUUACCUCCGCACGCCAUUUGCACACACUGUAUAUAGACUUAAUUGUUUUAUGUGUUAUUGACUGUACGCUUGUUUAUUCCAUUUGUAACUCUGUUGUUGUUUGUGUCGCACUGCUUUGCUUUAUCUUGGCCAGGUCGCAGUUGUAAAUGAGAACUUGUUCUCAACUAGCUUACCUGGUUUAAAUAAAGCUCUACCGCCAUGGUGACCGAUCCCCAGUCAAAGCCUACCCUACGGAUCGCUACCAGGAGAGCUCUUGGCCCCAGGGCUUUGGACAGCUCUCGCAGGAAGGAAUGAGGCAGCACUUUGAGCUGGGACAGGUGCUGCGGAAACGCUAUCAGGGUUUUCUAAAUGACACUUAUGACCGACGUGAGAUUUCUGUGAGGAGCACAGACUAUGACCGGACCUUGAUGAGUGCAGAGGCCAACCUGGCAGGAUUGUACCCUCCCAAUGGGUCACAGGUCUUCAACCCAUCACUGGAGUGGCAGCCUAUUCCUGUUCACACUGUGCCCCAGGAUGAGGAGAGGCUUUUGUCGUUUCCCAUUCCGGGUUGCCCUCGUUAUAAAAUCCUCAUGAAUGAGACUGAACGCACAGAAAAGUACCUCAACAUGACAUUUCUAUACAAAGAUCUAAUAGCGACGGUACGGGAGAAAACUGGUCUGAAGAACACCACCAUUGAGACUGUUUGGAGUGUCCAUGACACCCUGUUCUGUGAGGCAAGGCACAACAUGACCGCUCCUGACUGGGUGACCCCUGAGAUCAUGGAUGAUCUGAGGAAGCUCAAGGACUUUGGCUUUGAAAUCCUGUUUGAGGUCUACAAGCAUCAGGAGAAAAGCCGUCUCCAAGGAGGUGUCCUCUUGGGUAGCAUUGUAAAUAACAUCUCGGAGUCUGCUCUUCCCGGCUCUAAUCGCCGUCUGAAGAUGAUGAUGCUCUCUGCGCAUGACACCACCGUUGUGGCUUUGCAGUCGAGUUUGAGUAUCUUCAAUGGAAAGCAGCCGCCCUAUGCCUCCUGCCACAUAUUUGAACUCUAUCAGGAAGACAACGGAUCAUUCACAGUGGCCAUGUUUUAUCGCAAUGACACCACAAGAGCGCCUUACCAACUGGCUAUACCUAGCUGUGACCUCUUCUGCCCACUGGAGGACUUUGUGCGCCUCACCAAACCAUCCAUCCCAGAGGAUUGGGACAAGGAGUGCAUGGUUGAGUCUCCUACAAAGGAUACAGAGGUGGUCAUCGGACUAGCAGUUUGUGGCUGUUUGCUCUUCCUCCUUAUCGUCCUCCUGCUCGCUGUGCUUUGUCGGCAACGUGAUCCCUCCAACGGCUACAGUCACGUUCACAAUGAGAUUGAAUCUUGACAAAAGUACAAACUCCACCGUAGGCAGGAUUCAUGGAAGAGUGAAGAUGUUGUUUGAAUGCCUCCCAGCUCUGCCCCCUGGUGGGGGAUGCAGGAAAAGGGAACACUAGACUCCUAGUGCAACUUUUUAAACUUUUUUUUUUUUUUUUUUUUUUCUUCAAAGGGGACUGUGACCUUUCACCAAAAAUGCACAUGCACUUACUGGGGAGGACAAAGGUUAUCUAGUCUUCUAGUGAACUGUUGUCAUGGUAAGUAUUCUUAAGCUUGUGAAUGAAGUUGGCUACUGCAUUCGGACAAAAUUGGCUUUUUUAAUGUUUUCAAUUACUACUUGUACUCAUGGGUCCAAGUCACCUGACCAGCGUUCUUACAAAAUGUGGACCACUGGAUGCUUCAUGCUUGUUUGAUGGAGAAUAAUGAUCAUUGUGACACUGAACCCGAGGACUGCUUGUGCUUCAUUCUCUCCAAGGAACAGAUUUUGGCCGACUACUGCGCAUUCUUUCUAGCAAGUAAUUUGAUAAAGAAUGCUAUUCAUUUCCUCUGGUGGUGAUUGUCAUGGUACUUGGAGAAGCCUUCACAUCAUGGUAGUCUUGGUAAAGGCUUUGCUCUAUAUGUCAGAGGCAUGUACUAAAAAGCCGGUCAUGCUUUGUGCCUAGGGCUGUUAGAUUCAAUUUAAGGCACAGUAAUUCAGUUAUUUGCUGAAAAAGAUACAUGUAUAUAAGUGUGACUGCCCUCUUUCUGCUCUUUUAAAACUGCCUCUGAGGUUUAGACUUUUUUUUUUUUUAGGAACAAGUGAUUACUUAGUUUUUUAAAUUUCCCCCAAAGUAAAAAAAUAAAUAAAAUACAUUAUAAUUUUUACAAUAUAAAUACAGUAUAAUACCUUUUAAGUUACUGAGUGCAGUGUUCACAACCUGAGGGGGCUCUCCGCUGAGUUCCCAUCAAACAAGUCACUCCGACCAAGGUAAAGACAGAUUCAGGCUGUAUAUUUGACGGAUAUCCACCUGUAGUUUUCCUUACAUCCGCCAACCGCAGUUAGGAACGGUCAACAUAUUGACAAAUCACAUUUUUCAAAUUUCAAUAGCUUUUUAACUAUUACUCCUAAAACUUUCAAAACUGGUUCUAGCUAACCCAAUGGCAUAGACACACAUUGCACACACUUUGUUUUGGUCAUUUUACAUCUCGCACUAUUUUAAAUUAUUUAUAUAUAUUUUUUACAUUUCAAUAGCUCCUUGGUCAUGUGACCCGACUUCAAACGAGGUUCAGAAUUUCCAAUGAUUACCCUUGUAUAUUGCACACUCUUUAGUUUGUCCAUUCAUCUCACACGAUUUUACAUGUAAUGUGACCGACUGACCUCAAACUACUUUCAGAAUGUCCACGGACUGGCGGAGACGGGCGCCACGAGGCAUCCAGUGCGGUAAUGCAGCCGAUCCCGGAGAAGCUGGCGGGAGCCCUGGAAUGGGUUCGCCACGAGAGAGGGGCCCAAGCCCUGGAAAGCGUUGCUGUUUCGGUGCUGUCCGGAGAGCUCUCCCUGGCUCUUGAAAGUUCGGGGGAGAGGGUGUAAAUCUCACGCCAGGCCAUAUUACUUUACUAUAUCCGCAGCAGGUCUCCAAUGUGAACAGCCUCUGGGAUGUUAUAACAAUGUAGGUAAGGGAAGUUGGAAAAAAAGAUCCGUAACUUCGGGAUAAGGAUUGGCUCUAAGGGCUGGGUCGGUCGAGCUGGGGUGCGAAGUGGGGCUGGGCUCAAACCGCGGCUGGGGGAGCAGUCCCUCCGUCACCCUCCUUUCACCACCAUUUCAUUGUGUGGCCCAUCUCGCGGUCUCUUGCGUGUGGUCUCGCAAGGGUCUGCGUGCGGGGAUUCGUCGGGGUGGUGUCCAUCGGCGGACCGGUGGGGGGUUGGGUCCGGCGAUUGGUGGCGGCAACUCUAGACGCACGCUGGGCCCUUCUCGCGGAUCUCUCCAGCUAUGGCACUUGCCUGCCCCAUGCAUUGUAGGUGGGGAGGUCUCCUCUACGCUCACUAGACUUGAGUCGGAGACUAAACCCAAUGGCCCCGCAGUGAUAGGGCAUUGCAUGGAUCUGGCUCAUGCCCUAAGAAGUGGGGAGAGGUAUCUCCAGCUUGUCUGGGGAGGGAGGCCUAUGUCUGAUGUGGGUAGUACCAUCCACGCCCAGGGAUUUGUACGUAGCAGAGCAGGUCACUCGCUGCAAUCUAUUGAAAGUCAGCCCUCGAGCCAAGCUUUUGUCGGGGACGGAAGGCGUCUUCCUCCACCAUCCUCCUUUACUUAAGGGUUAACAGGUGCACGCAGAAGGGCCAGGGGCCAGACGGUGUGAGAGCCCAGGCAGGUGGGUAGAAGGCAUCAUUGGGCUCUGGAUAGGUAGGAGGCUAGGUGGUGGUCACCCAUCCGCCCGGGCCCGUCCUAUGGUGGGACUGUGAGUCCGGUUGGGACUCGCUGUGGAAGUCAAAAGGUCACCAGGUGCAAGAGGAGGCCUCCCACAUGGCGGUGGGCACUCAGUCUGAGCAGGGGCAGCUGGACUCAGGGGCUGGGGGCAGCACUCAGGCUGUGGAGGUUGGGUUGAGGACUGAGCAGGAAAAAGCGGGCGGGUCACCAGGUGCACAGAGAUUGUUUUAGGUUACCAGGUGCACAAGGAGAACUCCAAGGUGGGGAGCAGUCUGAGUCCAAGCAGGGGCGGCCGGACUCGAGGGGGUUGGGGGAAGCACUCAGGCCAUGAAUGUUGGUGUGGGGACUGAGCAGAAAAAAGCGGGCGGGUCACCAGGAGCACAGAGCCUGUUUUGACUGUAGACGUCUUAGUAAUUCCAGGGAGUAAGCUAUACUCUAAGGCCAAGGGAAAUGGGUGUUGACCGGGUAGGGAGAGUAGGUGUGGAGGCCUGGAGGUAUGUAGUUCCAGGGAGUAAGCUAUACACACUCAGGCCCAGGGAGAGGGCGGGCAGGGAGUAUAGGCCUAGAGACCAGGAGUCAGAGGUCACCAGGUCAAUAGGGGGCCUGCCUGGAGGUCAGGAAGGCCCAAGUGAAUAGGUGUGUGAGUGACACUGUCCUUCAGGGGUGCAGAGCAGGCAACUUAAUGUAAAAUCAUGUGAGAUGAAAAUGGACAACCUGAAGGGUGUGCAAUGUGUAGGCCCACUGACUGUACAUUCUGAACCUUGUUUGAAGUCAGGUCACAUGACCAAGGAGCUAUUGAAAUUCAAAUGUAAAAAAAGUUUGUACAUUGUUUACGCUCCCUAACUAAUUCAACUAGGAAUACAAAAUGCUGCUCACACAUGUUUAUUAGCUUUGCAAAGUGAAUUAAUGUCCAAAUCGUGAAAAUAUUACCUGUGCUGUAACACAAAAUAAAACAAUGAAUAAAAGUCCAAUGUUGGUAGUGACUGCCCAUUACUGCUUAACACUUAUUAACCAUUAUUUAUUCAUAUUACUUUACUAUAAUUUUAAUUGCUCCGCACUACCUGUAAUUCAAUUGUGUUUUCAUGGGCAAUGAGUAAUAAUAAUAGUGCCUAUUGUUUAACCAGACAUCUGGUUCAGGUUGUCCAACUGGUUUCAUGGGCCCAAUAAUCAUGUCUCCAUUUUAUCACAUCGCUACAGUCGAACUGCAAAGUAUUAAAAAAUAAAUAAAAUAAAAAGUUGUAUGCGUGACGGACUGGAGAGUAAUUCUUAUCUGUAAUAUUUUGUGUUAAAUCAUGAGCAAUUGGUUUCACCGUAGUGCUUGAAUUAUUGCAACAGUCCUUUGAGAUUGUUUGCCUUCACGUUUGCAAUGCUGUUUAACGUGAAUGAUUUUAUGUCCUGAUAUGCUGGAAAGUAGUUGUUGAAUGAUUUUAUGUCCUGAUAUGCUGGAAAGUAGUUGUAAGAAUUUUUUUUCACCUGGAAUUCGCAAUAUUUGAUUUGAGUCACUGUUUGCAUGUGGAUUGCUUAAUCAACUGCAUUUUGAGUGUCUUAUCAAUAAUGUUGUUUUAUUGCACCUUUUCAAUAAGUUGUUCCGUUCUUUAAAUUAUUUGGGUUAAUACUUGUUCCGAAAGCUAGGGGGAUGUACAGGUAACUGACAAAAAAAAGUGUCUUUAAUAGGGCGUUGGGCCGAUAGAUUCUACAAGGGGGGGGGUGAUACUGACCCAAAUUGAGCCCGAGUAAAUGGAACGUACAGUAAUUCCCUCUUUAUCCACUUCUCUCUAUGCGUAAUCUGACCUUGAAUUUAAACAUGAGAAUAGCAUGCGAGUCACCCGGUAUCAAAGAAAUGAAAGUGUGACACAGAUUUAACAGAUACGCUGUAUUCUGACUUUGACUUAAUUCCCCUCAUCAUUCCACCACCUUUACGCGCAAUUAAUAAAGUCGAGCAACCUGCCGGUUCCAAGUGAAACAACAUCUUUCUUUUUCCCAAUGGAAUUAACACAAUUCUCCAUGCACUGUAAUUUACAAAUUGAUAAGAGCUAGGAAAAUGAGUAAACUAUUUGGGGAAGGGGAUUGUAAAUCUAAAUGACAAUUGUUUUUGAUCUAUUUUACUUGGAGAUAAAUGUGACACCAGUCAUAUGGCAGCAAAGUGAAGCAUAUUACCAUAAUGUAUCACCUUUUCCACAGUGAAGUUUAUGAAAUGCUGGCUUUAUAACCUUUUCAGGGAUGAAAUUUAUUUGGAGAGCCAAGCUGUAGACUUCGUAGCCAUUCGCAAAUGACCAUAUAGCGCCAAACCUACAGUUGAUGUAUGAUUAUUAGGGUAGAUUUAUAGCACUACUGUUCAACCCCUAUUGUACACUUUUCUCACCUUACAAUAUUUAAUCGAUGUAUCAACUGAAUAUGGCAACUUUCAGGAUGAAUCAAACCACUGUAUUUUUUAUCCUCCCAUAUACUUUGUGCAUAAAAGCUCUCCAAACCGUUUUUUUGUAUUAUUCAUAAAUACUUUCCUAACCCUAAAUAAUAUACAAUAUCAGAUUUUUAAAGCUACCAUUGUGGUAAAAAAUUUCACUAUAUUUUAGUGAGUCUGUCAAGAAAAUGUUAAGGCAAGGUGAAUUUAGAAUAAGUGAGACACUUUUUGCAUUUCCAAAUUCUUUUUCGACAUCUAUCCAACAUAUUAGCUCAACACGUGACAUUUGUAAAAUCCUCAAGAUGUUUCCUAAUGUCACUGAUUUACCAUGUGCUUUGUGGGGUGGGCUUCCUGUUUGAAGCUUGCUCUACAUCAUGUCAAUAAAGUGAUAUAAUUUUGA